GGCGAGAUAUUAUGUUAUACAACAACAAAAUUCAGACAAAUUUGUGAAAAGCCGGGUGAAAAGCCACCGCCUUCUUCCCUUUUAAUGGAGAGGAACGUCAAUCUAUAGGAAUCUUUACAAGUGUAAUGAGAGAAGCAAGAUGCCAUUUACCAAUGCAUUCACGCUAUGCACCAGAUGUCAGCACAAACUUAUACUUCAAAGUCUGCACCAUGUUAGAGGAAUAACAACAGGAAUAAGGCUGAGGAGCCAGACACAAUCAAACCAUUAUGAGACUUUAGGUGUGCCGAAAGAUGCAACUAGUUUAGAAAUUAAAGCAGCAUACUUCGAAUUAUCUAAAAUGCUCCAUCCCGAUGCCAAUCCCCAGAACCCUGAUCAACACGAUCGCUUUGUGCAGCUGAGUGAGGCGUAUGGAAUCUUAAGUAAAUCAACCUCUAGGAGAGAGUAUGAUCUGAGUCUCACCAGGCCUCAUGUAAAGGAGAUCAGAGUACACAAUAUGGAUGUCUCACCGGACAACCCAUUCGGUGGACACAGGGAAGCAGAUUGGUUUCCAAGAACUCACAUCUUCAGAGAAGGUGGUGAUGAGAAGGUCAAUGAGAACUACUAUGGAAUCAAAGGACUCAGGAGAGUUAGAAACUCAUAUGUGGUGUACGGGUGUAUAGCAUUCAUCUUUACUGGUGCCGUCUUCCAUUUCUUUGUUUUCAAACAAAGCAGCCAGUAUGCAACACAAAGACUAGAUGCUAAGGAUAAAAAGAUUGCAGAACUGUAUAACCAAGCCAAAGAAAGAGCAAGGAAAAAUGGACCCAAGAAACAGAUGGAGUUAUUAAGAGAAAGACACAAUGCAAACCAAAUGAAGCUUGCCAAACAACUUGAAGGAGACACAUGAUGCAUAUCACAAGAUUGUAGUAUGGGUUUUAUUUUUGGUCGUAUUUAUUCAUUAGUGUAAAGGAGGGCCCCGUUUCUAAACAUCUUAAA